CUCCUCGACCUCGCUAGACGCUGUGGUUGCAGGAGCGACCCGGCUGCGAUUGGGUCACUUGCGUGCCUGACCUCAAUUUGCGUUCCAACGCCUUGAACACGCACUAUAUACCUGUAUAACAACUAUGCUUAAGCAGACGGCUGCGCUAUUGCUUGGUGGGCUACGAGGGCCAUUGCAAGGCGCGUCCGCUUGCUCUGGCAGCAGGCUAUGGAGCACGACAACGAGGGAUAUUGCUGAUGCGAACAGAGAGCUGGAGGAUUUCUUCGGCAUCUCCACUUCAUCCCGGGCAGCUUCCAGCGCCUCCUCUUCCUUCCCUUCCUCCUCCCCCUCCUCGGAUGCUGGCGCCAGCCCCAGCCCCGGCUACCCCUCCCCCCGCGACGCCCAGCCCAGCCCCUCCUUUGCCAGCGGCCAUGGCGGCUCGUACAGCGACCCAACCGGGCCCUCACACUUGAGCACUAGCUCUGUUUCCCUUGAAGGCGAUUCAGAGGAGACUGCGGGGGUGGCAGCGGCGGCGGCGGCUGCAGAACGGCGGCUGACCCACAUCGACGCCAGCGGGUCAGCAGCUAUGGUGGACGUGAGCCAGAAGUCGGUGACUACCCGGGAGGCCCAGGCUUCCUGUGUGGUGUAUCUGGGUGACGCUUACGAGGCAGUGGCGGCGAACAGCCUGAAGAAGGGGGACGUGCUCAAGGUGUCGCAGCUGGCUGGCAUCAUGGGCGCCAAGGCCACCGCCUCGCUCAUCCCGCUGUGCCACAACAUACCCAUCAGCAAGGUGGACGUGCAGCUGCGGCUGGAUCCAGCCAGCCGCUCCGUUGCCGUACGGGCCCUGGCCGUGACCGACGGCAAGACGGGGGUGGAGAUGGAGGCGUUGACCGCUGCCAGCGUGGCAGCGUUGACCGUGUACGACAUGUGCAAGGCCGCGGCUAAGGACAUGGUGGUGGGGGGGUUGCAGCUGGACUACAAGGCAGGGGGGAGGAGCGGCACGUACCUGCGUGCCGGACUGCGGCGGUGCGACCUACUGCCCUCGGCGAGUUCGCCGCUGUGAGGUGAUGGCGGGGAGGCGUGGGAGCCGGGGUGGAGGGGGGAGGCGUUGCGGAUACCAGCCCAAAAUAAAUCGGGGUUGGGAGCAGGAGAGGAGGGAGGAGGCGCGGGAGCAGGGGAGGAGGCGUUGGGGAGGAGGUGUGGAGGGGGAGGCCUGGGAAAGGGGUCUGUGGAGGAGGCGUACGGUGUGGGGUGGGAGUGUACUUGAGUGUAGAGACCGGGAACUGCCGACUGCGGCGUGGAUUCAUAGGGCGCCGGGGCUCCUGUCAUUGGAGGGAAGAUUUUAGGGCUGUAGACGGUGGUGAGGAGCGUGGUGCGUAGGUAGUAUGCGCGCUGAGUGGUGCGCAUGGCACAGGCUCACACGCUCACAGGCUCACACGCAAGAGCCGGAUCAAGCCGGCCGGUUCAAUCAUAUGGCCUACCUGCCAUCUUUGCGCGUAUGAUUGAUACGUGAUUUUAAUUCCUGUUAUAAUACUCACAACACAUGCAA